AUGAGAUUCCAUUUCCCUCUCCGGAAUACUCUGGAUACUCGGUACGGCAAUGCCAGCUACCCUUGUAUUAUUCGCUCACCGUCUGGCGCUGCCUAUCCACGAGCCUCCAAUGCGUGCUCAAGGACCUCCCAACUUCUGAAUCCCCCGCUCACUCAACCUGCACCUGUGUCGUUGUAUAUCAUAACCAUUAAUGCCAAUCUUGGCGUCGAUAUUUCAUCCACAGGCGACACCACCCGCGACAUCUACCAGUGGCAUGAGCGACAGGAACAGCAGGCUCAGCAACCGAGACGUCGAAACUCUGAGCCCGAUUUCCGCCAGAUAACCCACCAGGAAUCGUCGUCGGUCGACCCGUCCGAGAUCAGCAACCUCAGGGCAUCGGAUCUCUCCGGACCCGGCGGCUUUAGACGGUUCUUUAUUCGACAGCAAGCUAGCAACGCCGGCACAAGCCAGCCCAUCAUCACCCACAACUUUUUCGACUUCCUUGCCAUCUUCACGUACUAUGGCGGCGACGUGCACCCCGAUGCCGAAGAGCAGCACGCCAUCCAGCAGGAGAGUCGCGAUCGGCUGGCGGGCGCUGCUCAACCCGACGCCUUUUCUAGCGCCGCCGAAGGACUCCCGUACGAGCGUGGAAGCGAUCCCGAAACGUCAUCGCAAGAGCCGGAUGAAGCCACGCCACUGGUGCGCCGGUCGACUCCAUCCCUCAAGACAAUGCAGGGCACCAGCGCAAAGAAGGCGUUUUUCUUGCUGAUGAAAGCCUUUGUUGGAACCGGAGUUCUCUUCUUGCCCAAGGCAUUUUCGAACGGAGGCAUGGGAUUUUCGAUCAUCCUGAUGGUUGUGAUGGGCUGGCUGACCCUCCACUGCAUGCUCCUUCUCGUUGAAUGCAGCAAAACGCUUGGCGGCUCCUUUGGCGACAUUGGUGAGGCCGUCUACGGCAUCCACAUGAAGCGAACUGUUCUGGCAUCUAUCGCCGUCGCCCAGAUGGGAUUCUGCUGUGCCUACUACAUCUUUGUCGCCAAGAACCUCCGGGAUUUCACCAUGAACAUCACCGACUGCCGCUGGAUUCUCCCGGACUGGGUUUUUAUUGUACUCCAAAUCUUGAUCUACAUCCCGUUGUCGUGGGUCCGUCGCAUCAAGCACUUCUCGUACACCUCCAUCGUGGCCGAUGUCUUUAUCUUGCUGGGCCUGGCCUACAUUCUCUACUACGACGUCACCGUGCUCAGCACUCGCGGCCCCGCUCGCGACUUGGUCUGGUUCAACCUCAACUCCUUCUCACUGUUCAUUGGAACGGCAAUGUUUGCCUUCGAGGGCAUCUGCCUGAUUCUGCCAAUUGCCGACAGCAUGAAGCGGCCGGAGCGCUUUAGCUGGGUCAUGACUGCAUGCAUCGUCACCAUUGGUGCAAUCUUCAUUUCCGUCGGAGCCACUGGAUACCUGACGUUCGGCGAAAAGGUCGAGACGGUGGUCUUUUUGAACCUCCCCAAAGGCUCGGUCGUAGUCGAGUCCCUCCAGCUCUUCUACGCCCUGGCUAUAUGUCUGUCGUUCCCGCUGACUGUCUAUCCCGCAAUCCGCAUCUCCGAGCACGGGAUUUUCGGUGAGCUUGAUGGCAAACUCGACCCAUCGGUCAAGUGGAUGAAAAACUGGUAUCGUGCCGCAAUGGUGUCCCUGCUUGGUCUGGUCGCUUGGCUCGGCAGCAAUCAACUCGAUCGCGUCGUGUCCCUCGUCGGCAACUUCACCUGUAUCCCCCUGUCGUUCAUUUACCCGGCGCUCUUCCAUGCGCACAUCGCUCGUCACCCGCUCGUCAAGCUCAAGGACUACCUGAUUGCGAUCAUGGGACUUGUGGCAAUGGUCUACACCACCUUUGUGACUCUGCAGCAAUGGGUGGCUGAGGAGCCCGAUGUUCCAAUCGACCGAUGCAGUCCCAGUGGAGGAUCGUAUGGUCUGCUUUGA